AUGGCAACCUUCACAGUUUUAGAUCAAGCAGAAGAAGAUAAACUUCAUGCUACACGACUUCUCGGGAUCGAAGAGCGCCCUUUCAGACGUCUAACAAAGAGACUUCUUGCUCCCACAACACCAAUCUGCUCCUUUCUUAACCGGCCGACUGCUUCGGAUGACUCCACAGCAAAUCAUGACGCGGGGGAGAAGCAUGAACAAUUCCUCAAAGACCUUCAACGAUUUCGCGAAGAUGUAAUUCUCGAUUUUGCUGCGUUCGACAGUAGCAUUGCGCGAAUACAAUUCCUUCGAGCGGCCAACGAGAGGGAACGAGAGCGCUACGUGGCAGAAAAGCUGAACAUCGAGGCCACAGCGCAAGAAGUGCGGGACAAUACGGCACACUUGCGUGUUCAACUCGAUGAAGCACAAAAGACAUUGGCGGUCCGCAAAACUUACGACGUGCUCGCGGACAAAAUCACCAAGAAUGCGUCACUGAAGCCACGCGACGAACAACAUGUGAAUAUCGAAAAGCUCAAGGCGGAAAUCGAAGAGCUGGAACGCGAGGCUCAGGAGCAUACACAGGCAUGGGUGGAACGGAGAGAACAAUUUGAAAAAGUGAUGAGUGAAGGCAUGAGAUUGAGGCGGGUGAUACGAGAUGAGAAGGAGCCGGAGAAGGACGAUGAAAUAGCAGAGCACGACGAGGAGCGUCUCCUGGGAGUGGGCCGGGGAAGGGAUGGUAUGUCGACCGCAGGCACACCCCGACCGAUUGACGAUGCACCGACGCCGCUGGCAGGGCUCCGUGGGAGUGGAGCGCUGACUCCGAGGUCGACCCUACCUGAGGGUGGAGGGACGAGCCCUCGGCGGGCGGUAGAUGAGGAUGUGAAUAUGGAUGGGGUGGCUGGAGCAGGAGUAAAUGAAGAAGGCAAUGCUGCGAAUAUUGAGAAACCUGUUGACAUGGACACGAGUUGA